AUGCAAUGUCUAUUAGAUAAUGAGGUUGUACCACCUGACUACAAAGAGAAAACAAAUUCUAAAGGACAGACUCCAGCAACAGUAUUCACUGAGGAACAUAAGGAACUCGUUAAAGAAGGUGAGAAAUGGAUAAAAGAUGCAGCAACGUCAUGUUCGGUAGCAGCAGCAUUCAUUGCUACGAUAGUAUUUGCAGCCGUAAUCACUAUCCCUGGUGAUUACGCUGACAAUGGCCUCCCACAACUAUAUGGACAGGCAGCCUUCAAGAUCUUCAGUGUUUCAAAUGCUCUCUCUUUGUUCUUAUCGAUUUCUGUCAUCAUAAUGUUUUUGUCUUUCUUCACUGCACGCUAUCGCGAACAAGAUUUUCUUCGCGUCCUGCCCAAUAUGUUACUUUGGUGUCUUUCCAUGUUGUUGCUCUCUCUAGGAUCGCUGAUAGUAGCGUUUUGCGCCUGUGCUUAUUUGGUGUAUUAUGACAGAAAGACAUACUGGAUAAUUGCUUUGGUUUUUGCAUCAGCUUUGCUGCCUCUCUCAUUGUUUGCAUAUUUUCAGUAUGCCAGAUUACAUGACGUGCUCAUUUCCAUGUUAGCUCCAGCGUUUCUCAGCAAGCGAAGAACCAGCGUCCUCUAUUAG